UGCAGGAUGUCUGCACAGCAAGGAGACGCUCUGUGCGUGUUUAUUAAUGGGAAAAAGGUGACUGAGAGCCAUGUGGAUCCUGAGACGAUGCUGCUGCCCUUCCUCAGGGAGAAGCUGAGGUUAACUGGGACCAAGUCUGGCUGCGGCGGUGGAGGAUGCGGGGCCUGUACUGUGAUGGUGUCACGCUACCAACCCACUACCAAGACCAUCGUUCAUUACUCAGCCAAUGCCUGCCUCCUGCCGGUCUGUCAGCUCUAUGGAGCCGCCAUCACCACAGUGGAGGGUAUCGGCAGCUCCAAGACCAGCAUCCACCCCGUGCAGGAGCGAAUAGCGAAGGCUCAUGGCUCCCAGUGUGGAUUCUGCACUCCGGGGAUGGUGAUGUCCAUGUACGCCUUGCUGAGGAACAAGCCAAAGCCAACCAUGGAUGACAUCACGCAGGCUCUGGGUGGAAAUCUGUGUCGCUGUACUGGAUAUCGACCCAUUGUGGACGGCUGCAGGACUUUCUGCCAGCAGGAAGGGAACUGCUGCCAAGCCAAUGGAGGAGCUAAUUGUUGCCUGAAUGGAGAAGGAAAUACCAAUGAAUCAGAGCAUGAAAAGCCACAACUAUUUGACCAAGAGAAGUUUCUUCCCCUGGAUCCGACCCAGGAGCUGAUCUUUCCUCCAGAACUGAUUUUGAUGGCUGAGGCGGCGAACCCCCAAACAUUGACCUUUCAUGGGGAGAGGAUGACCUGGGUGUCCCCCACCUCCCUGGAGGAGCUGGUCCAGCUCAGAGCAAAGAACCCAAAGGCUCCACUGGUCCUGGGCAACACCAACAUUGGUCCAGAUAUUAAAUUCAAAGGCGUCCUGCAUCCACUGAUCAUCUCUCCCAUGAGAGUCAAAGAGCUGUUCGGAGUGUCAGAGGGAGCAGACGGUGUUUGGGUCGGAGCCGGCUCCAGUCUGUCUGAGCUCCAGUCUCUGCUGGAGAAAAUGGUUCCUCAGCUCCCAGAGGAGAAGACGGAGCUGUUCAGAGCUCUGAUCCAGCAGCUGAGGAACCUGGGCAGCCUGCAGAUCCGCAAUGUUGCCUCUCUCGGAGGAAACAUUGUGAGCGCGUACCCCAACUCAGACCUGAACCCUGUUCUGGCAGCCGGGAACUGCAAAGUUAAAGUCGUCUCCACCGGAGGAAGACGAGAGGUUCUGCUGAAUCAGGACUUCUUCAUUGGAUUCGGGAAAACCAUCCUGAAGCCGGAGGACGUUGUCGUCUCAGUUUUUAUUCCAUUCACAAGAAAGGGGGAGUAUGUGCGAGCUCUCCGACAGGCGCCGAGGAAGGAGGUCUCCUUCGCCACGGUAACGACUGGAAUGAGAGUGUGUUUCUCAGAGGGCUCCAGAGUAGUUCAGGAAGUCAGCCUGUACUUCGGAGGAAUGGGUCCAACCACCGUUAACGCCACCAACACCUGCAAAGCCAUCACUGGAAGGCCGUGGGAUGAGAAGACCCUGAAUCAGGCGUACGACGCCCUCCUGGAGGAGCUGGAUCUCCCUCCAUCCGCUCCUGGUGGGAAGGUUGAGUUUCGCCGGUCGUUGACGCUCAGCCUCCUCUUUAAAUUCAACCUGGAGGUCCUGCAGAAGCUCAAAGAAGCGGUAAAACACAUUUCCUCUUUAAGCUUUUAUACCAGGACAGCAUCCAGCUGCUUUAACGUCCUCAUUUCUUGGCAGAAUGUGAUCAAAGACGAGCUUCUGGAAAAGCUGCAGCCUUUGCCAAAAGAAAUCCAACCCAGUCUGCAGGAGUUCCAGCAUGUGCCGAAGGACCAGGACAGUCAGGACCCAGUGGGGCGUCCCAUGAUGCACCGCUCCGCCAUCAGCCAGGCCACGGGUGAGGCGGUGUACUGUGAUGACAUUCCCAAGACGGACGGGGAGCUCUUCAUGGUUCUGGUCACCAGCUCUCGAGCACAUGCUAAGAUCACUUUGCUGGACGUCAGCGAAGCCCUGAAGCUUCCAGGAGUUGUUGACGUGAUCACAGCCAAUGAUGUUCCGGGGAAGAAAGCCCGCCCCAUGUUUGGCUACGAGCAGGAGCUGCUGGCGGAGAACCAGGUGUUCUGCGUGGGUCAGACGGUUUGCGCUGUUCUGGCUGAUACAAAAACUCACGCUAAGCGAGGAGCAGCCGCCGUGAAGAUCACCUACGAAGACCUGCCAGACCCCAUAUUCACCAUAGAGGACGCCAUCGAGAAGUCGUCUUACUACGAGCCGAGGCGAAUGAUUUCCAAAGGAGACGUGACUGAAGCUUUUAAGACGUGUGAUCAAGUUUACGAAGGACAGAUUCGACUGGGAGGCCAGGAGCAUUUCUACAUGGAGCCUCAGAGCAUGCUGGUUGUUCCCAUUGGUGAGGAGAAGGAGUUCAAGGUCUACAUCUCCACCCAGUGGCCCACGCUUAUUCAGGAAGCAGUUGCAGAAACGCUGGACAUUCAGUCCAACAGAGUGACCUGUCAUGUGAAACGACUGGGUGGAGCUUUUGGAGGGAAGGUGAUUGUAACCUCUGUCUUGGCCUCCAUCACUUCUGUGGCUGCGUGGAAAACCAACCGAGCUGUUCGCUGUGUCCUGGAGAGAGGCGAGGACAUGCUGAUCACCGGGGGGCGCCAUCCUGUCCUGGGAAAAUACAAAGUGGGUUUUAUGAACGAUGGAAGGAUCAUGGCUGUGGAUUACUACUAUUACGCCAACGGCGGCUGCUUUGUGGACGAAUCUGUGCUGAUCUCUGAGAAGAUUCUGCUUCAUCUGGACAACGUUUACAACAUUCCCAAUAUGAGAGGCCACUCGGCCGCCUGCAGGACCAAUCUGCCCUCCAACACGGCGUUCAGAGGCUUCGGCGUCCCACAGGGCCUGCUGGUGGUGGAAAACAUGAUCAAUGACGUUGCCAUGGCGCUGGGACGCCCGGCAGACCAGGUCAGAGAGGUCAACAUGUACAAAGGCCCGUCAGCCACUCACUACAAGUUCGAGUUCAGCCCAGAGAACCUGCAUCGCUGCUGGGAGCUUUGCAAGCUGAAGAGCGACUACAGCGCCCGGCGCCAGGCCGUCGACCAGUUCAACCAGCAGAACCGCUGGAGGAAGAGGGGCGUCGCCCUCAUUCCCAUCAAGUACGGCAUCGCCUUCGCAGAGAGCUUCUUAAACCAGGCCGGAGCGCUGGUCCACAUUUAUAAAGACGGUUCUGUUCUGGUGACUCACGGCGGGACGGAGAUGGGUCAGGGGAUCCACACCAAGAUGCAGCAGGUUGCAAGUCGGGAACUUCACAUCCCGACGUCAAAGAUCUUCCUCAGUGAAACCAGCACCGGCACCGUUCCAAACACCUGUCCCUCCGCCGCUUCCUUCGGCACCGACGCCAACGGCAUGGCGGUCAAGGAAGCCUGUGAGAUUCUGUACCGCAGACUGGAGCCGAUCAGGCUGAAGGACCCUAAAGGAUCAUGGGAGAGUUGGAUCAAGGAGGCUCAUCUGCAGAAGAUCAGUUUAUCAGCCACUGGGUUCUUCAGAGGGGAAGACCUUUACUUUGACUGGGAAAAGAUGGAGGGCCAUCCGUACGCCUACUUUACCUUUGGGGUGUGCUGCUCUGAGGUGGAGCUGGACUGCCUGACAGGAGACUACCGGACGCUGAGGACGGACAUUGUGAUGGACAUCGGAAGAAGCAUAAACCCGUCUAUGGACAUCGGCCAGAUUGAAGGAGCGUUCAUGCAAGGUUUGGGUCUCUACACUCUGGAGGAGCUGAAGUACUCCCCAACUGGGAUGCUGUACUCCCGAGGUCCGUCCCAGUACAAGAUCCCGGCGGUGUGCGACGUGCCUCUUAAGUUCAACGUCUACCUCCUGCCGGACUCCUACAACCCCCACGCCAUCUACUCUUCAAAGGGAAUCGGGGAACCCACCCUCUUUCUGGGCAGCUCCGUCUUCUUCGCCAUCAAAGACGCAUUGGCAGCGGCUCGCUCCGACUCCGGUCUGUCUGGCCCAUUUUUCCUGGACACGCCUGCGACUCCAGAGAGGGCCUGUCUGGCUUGUGCCUCGCCGUUUAUUAAGAAGGUUCCAGCCAGUGAGCCAGGAUCCUUCAAACCCUGGGCCUUAGACAUUUAAUAUCCAAUUAAUCCAUGACCUAAUCAACUUUGGAAAAAUGAAAGGGACCAAUUUUGGAUACUUAUUAUUUUAACUCUACUUUUGCAAGAAUCAAUCAUGUAACUGGGGGAUCAUUUAAAAACUGAACCACAUGUAAAUGUGUAGGUAACUUUUUUUAAAACCAUGUAAUCAACAAUAAAUUGUGUGUAGACUCAAAGA